AUGGCCAAACUAGAAGCAAACGACACUCCCUCAACACCCCUCGAGCAAGGCCUCGAAGUCCGCCGCCAGGUCCUAGGCAGCGAGUAUGUCAACCGAGCAUGGGACAAAGCGUCGCCAUUCACGCGACCGGGACAGCAAUUGAUCACCGAGUACGCCUGGGCCAAUGUAUGGCAACGAGAGGGGCUUGAUCGCAAGCAACGCAGUUUGUUAACCAUCGGGAUCAUCAUUGCCCAGAAAGCGUGGCUGGAACUGGCACUGCAUACGCGCGGAGCCAUCAACAACGGGGUAUCGGAGCUGGAGAUCAGAGAGGCCGUCAUCCAUUCGAUGGUGUACUGUGGGACGCCGGCGGGUGUGGAGGCAAUGAUGGUUACCGAGAAGACGAUCCUCGAGAUGAUUGCGAAUGGGGAUCAUUUACUUCAGAUGCCGAUCGACGAGUUCAGCAAGUAG